ACAUCCUAAAGCCUCCAUUUGGCGCUCGUACGUGCGCGCACGCGCCGUGGUUGGGUGCGUGAGGAGGAAACAGAAGCGAGUCCGGAUCCGCUUGAGGUUUCUCCAGGAUGGACAGUGUUGGAGACAUUGCAGUUGGAAUGAAAAGAGGAUCUGAUGAGCUGAGUAUGUACAACAAUUCCAACUCUGACUUGAGCACUAGAAGUGAUGGAGCGUCCACCGGCAGCGAUAGCAAAAAGCUCAGGGUGGAGGAGGCUCUGCCGUCUCGUGUGAUUCACAUCAGGAGGCUGCCCACUGAGGCAAUGGACGCAGAAGUCAUAGCUCUGGGUCUACCUUUUGGCAAAGUCACAAACAUCCUGACAUUGAGGGGGAAGAACCAGGCCUUCCUGGAGAUGGGAACAGAGGAGGCAGCCAUCACAAUGGUGAACUAUUACAACACGGUUCCUCCACACGUCCGGAACUCCCCCGUCUACGUUCAGUUCUCCAACCACAAAGAGCUCAAAACUGAUGCUGCCAGUCAGCGGACUCAGGCAGUGCUGCAGGCGGUCUCAGCCGUCCAACCCCCGGGCUCGGAGGUGCAGGACGUUCUAGCUGCAGCGUCCAGCCCUGUGCUGCGGAUCAUCAUUGACAACAUGUUCUACCCCGUAACCCUGGAUGUGCUGCAGCAGAUAUUUUCAAAGUUUGGCACCGUCAUGAAGAUUAUCACCUUCACCAAGAACAACCAGUUCCAGGCUCUUCUGCAGUACAGUGAUCCCGUCCAGGCACAGCACGCCAAACUAGCACUGGAUGGUCAGAACAUCUACAACUCAUGCUGCACACUGCGCAUUGACUUCUCUAAGCUGGUCAACCUGAAUGUUAAAUACAACAAUGAUAAGAGUCGUGACUACAGCAGACCGGAGCUGCCAGCAGGUGACAGUCGGCCCACUCUGGACCCCAGUGUGGCUGCUGCCCUCAGCAAAGACUCCACCCCCCUCCUCUGUAAGAUCCCAGGAGCCUUGAACCCCCUGAGUGCAGCAGCAGCAGCAGCCGCUGCAGCGGGUAGGGUGGCCCUCCCCGGACAAGCAGGAUCUGGGGGGGUCCUGCUCGCCAGCAACCUCAACGAGGAGAUGGUUACGCCCCAAAGUCUGUUUACCCUCUUCGGAGUGUACGGGGAUGUCCAGAGGGUGAAAAUCCUCUACAACAAGAAGGACAGUGCUCUGAUUCAGAUGUGCGAUCCCAGCCAGGCCCAGCUUGCAAUGAGCCACCUGAAUGGACAGAAGAUGUACGGGAAGAUAAUCCGAGUCACUCUGUCCAAGCACCAGUCAGUGGCUCUACCGCGUGACGGCCUGGACGACCAGGGCCUGACCAAAGAUUUCACCAACUCUUCACUCCAUCGCUUCAAGAAACCUGGCUCCAAGAACUUCCAGAACAUUUUCCCACCAUCUGCCACUCUUCAUCUGUCCAACGUCCUGCAGGACGUGACUGAGGAAGACCUGCGGCUGCUGUUUUCCAACACUGGGGGAACCGUCAAAGCCUUCAAGUUUUUCCAGGACCGGAAGAUGGCUCUGAUACAGAUGUCUACGGUGGAGGAGGCCAUCCAGGCCUUGAUUGACCUUCAUAACUACAACAUGGGAGCCAACCAGCACCUCAGAGUGUCCUUCUCCAAGUCGACCAUUUGAGGAGUGAGGCGUUCAGACUCUUAGCUGCUGUGGUCUACAGCUCAGACGGGCAGCAUGCUGUCUGGACUGCAGGGGGACCACGUACAUUUUCUCUGUUCGGGGGGGUUUGUUGUUCCAGUCAUUCCUUUUUCAUGAGUAUUUUUGAUUCUGUAUAGUACUUUUGUGCCUUACUUGACAGUACUGACUGUUCCAGCAGGCCCAUGUGUUUUUUCCUGCUCAGGAGGCACUGACGUUUGUAGUAGUGGGGUUAGGUGUGAAGAUGAGCUCACAACCAUUUUGAAGUGUUUCAUUGCAGACCUGAAUUGUUUCAAGUGUUUAGUAGCCUGAGAGCAGAAUUCUCUAAUAAAAGUCUGACCUCACAGUCAGCCAACAUAAACUCUGUUUUUUAUCGAUCCAAACUUAAUCCAGUGAAGUGCAAUCAUGAGUGUCCGAGGCAGCUCCGCCCCACCCUGAUUGUUGAACAGAUGACCUGACAAGCAGCUUGGUGGACCCAAUGGACCGGUUCGCUCAGUCCUGAUGAUGAGGUUGACGUUUCUCCAGGAAGCAGAACAUGCUGCUACAGAAAAGCCACUGUGGUUUCGUUGUCAUGUGACUUUUGUUGAGAGGCGUUAUUCGAUCGGACCAAAGCUGCUGUGCCUUCUGUGCUUCUUCACUUACCAGAAAACUAAAGGUUGUUGAUCAGUUAUGAGAAACAAACAUACAUGAGCUCCAGACUGGAGCCAUUUUGUCAAAAACAACAUUUCUGUACAAUCUUUCCCUUUUCCAACUUUUGUAGUGGAGGAAUUUGGUAUUAGUCCUGAUUUGUAUUAGUACUGAGGAACAAUUAAAGCAUUGUUACUCUUCAACAGGAGGACAGAGACCUUUGGCUGGCUGGUUUUCGGGUGUCUCUUCUUUCCAGCAUCACUUCUGUAGCAUGUUUAAUAAAGCUCUUCUGUAGCUCUGC